UACAUACCAGAAGAGAGUUGCUGUUCACAAUGAAGCGGGGACCCGGCGAGAGUCGCAUCCCGCUGUUCCGGGCUGCGGCCGCCCCACGGCAGGCCUUCGCCGCCCCCGCGCCGGCAGAGCCCGCCGCAGUGGAGGCGCACCUGCCCCACCUGCAGCAGCGGCCGCGCCCCCCUCAGGAGCUCGCGGAGGCGGCACUCCGGCAGGCCGGACAGCUGCCCUCCGUGCCGGGGAAAGCCGGCCUCUCCCUGCACAGUCCUCCGCGGGCCACAGGUGCCGGUGCCGGUGCCGGGGACUCGGGGGCGGACGCGGAUGGCGCCGAGGCGCCGGCAGCGCCCAAGGCGCACAAGGGUGCCGGCAGGGUAGCCACCAUCUUCGGAGCGCUGCGCAAGUUGGCGCCGCAGGCGGGGGGCGGCAAGAGAGAGGAGCCCGCGCCCCCCGCUGAGGCCACCAUGCCCGGCGACGGCGACGGCGACGCCUGGCAGCGGUUCGCGGCGCCGCAGCUGCCCAGGCCGGCCAGGCCGGCUGGCGCCGCCCCCGCCCCCGCCCCGGCGUUCGCCAGGUCUGCGCUGAGGAAGGGCGGCGACCAGCCGCGGGGGGCGGCGCCGCUGCCCAGGUCCGCGAGCGCCACGACGAAGCUCCACGAACGACGCGGCGACACGUACACGGUGGCCUCGGGUCGCCAGACGGCGGCGACCCUGGCGCUGUACCGAGGCGUCGCCGACGACGACCCCGCACCGACGCCGGCGGCGCGCGGCGCGGCGCAGGAAGUGACGCCCAGCCCGGAGGAGCAGUUCCAGAACGCGGCUCCGGCGGCGGCGGGGGCGGCGUACCGCAAGCGGCCGUCGCUGCUCGGCCUGUUCGGCGGCGCCGCCCCCGCCAGUGGAGGCGUGGCCGUCGCAGUCGCCUCGACCUCCUCUGGUACCACCUCCCCCGUCGGCAGUGGCCAGAAAGCGCGCAAGGGCAGCGGCGGCCGCUGGCAGCCGCUCUACUCGUCGACGCCGUUUCGCCCGCCGCCGGACGCCGGAACCGGGUCGGAGGCUGCCACACCGGAAGACGACAGGCUGCGCAUGCGCACUGCCAGGUGCGCAGCGGUAGCGCCGCGCGCCGUGGCGCGUGGGCGUCACGAGCAGGAGGAAACCUGCCACGUGGUGCGCACGCGUCAAGAGCAGGAAGAGUCCGGCGGCGGCGCCACCACCACCAGCACCAGAAGAUGGAAGCAAGGCAAGUAUGAGAAGGUAUCAGAUGUAACCAACCAUAGGUGA